CAGUGAAACAAAGAGGGUGGAGUUGGAAAGAAAAAUGCUUGAAUACAGCACAUCUGAUACUUGCAUGCUCCCAUGGCAGUAUGUGGAAUCAGCCAGAAGCAGUUUCUGAAGCAGCUUUGUGAGCCUGGAAAAAAAUGCAGAACUAAAUUGAAAUACAGAAAUCUAAAAAAAUAUUUAAAUGAAAUAUGUGAGCGUCAGAAGAAGUCUCUGCUCCGAAACCAAGAUUUAUUGAAAGAAUUUGAUUGUAUUGAAGCUCGCAUUAGGAAGUUUGCUUCAAGUUCUGAGUCCCUUCAAAAGCUAAAGGCAGAGUAUGAAAGAGAAAUUAAAAAUAGGCUGUUAGUUGGGAGAAAAGAUAUGUUAAAAGAUGAAAUGAGAGAUGCUACUAAACAUCAGAUGAUGCCAGAAGCAAGGCAGUCAGGAAUUAAUGCCAGGACAGCCAUGUCAAGAGGACUAUAUCACACAGCAACUAUCUUUAUGGGCCGCCAAAUGUCAGCUGUCUCAAGCGUUGAAGACUUCAGUGCACUGCAGAAGUCUGAACUCACAAAGAGCUUUUCAAUUUCUGACCCACAUUCCUAUAGACAACCAUCACAGAGCUGCUAUAUGACAGACAGCUGUGUAGUUCAAACUAAUAGUGAUCUACAGUGCUCGAAUAAGUCUGACAAAAUAGAUGGGAAGACAUCUCUGCCGAAGGGUGGAGAAAUGCCAGUCACAUCCAGUGUAUCAUAUGAGAAUGAAAGAACUUGUUGUUUAACAGUGGAAAGUAUGACAAAUAAUGACAGCAAUAAUUUUGUGGAAAACAGCAUCCGCCCUGAACUUAAAUCCCUGAUCCACAGAAAAUUAAGUUUUGAGAACAGAUCCACCAGUUUAAAAAGUUACAGUUCCUGCAAACCAUUGACACAUGAACAGGCUUUACUACACGAACAAGGAGCUAAAGAGCCAAUCGCAUUGCUCAGUCAUCCUGAGUUACCUAUUUCUGCAAAUGAGUGCUCAGAAGAAAAGUUCCCAGUUUUGGGAAGCACCCUGCAGUUGGACAAAAGUAUACCGCAGGAGGAAGAUAAAAGUUUAAAUGGAAGCACUGAUCUUACUGUUUCAUUGAGUGAGGAGGAAGAAUCAAAUUCUUUGAAAUUACAACAGAAUCUAAACAGUGUAGACUGCAAACUUGACAACACAGUAUGUAAUAAGGAAGAAUAUUCUCAAACAUUUAUUUCAACUGGAUGCUCAUCUUCUGGCCCCGAGCUAAGAGAAUGUCUGUCAUUUGAAGGAUUCUGUCAUGUCUUAACAUUCAUAGAAGAGCUGGUGGCCGGAGUAUCUCCUGAAUGCCCAGCAUUAUACCAGAGGGAAACUAUGAAUACAGUAGAACUAGAGAAGCUUAUAAGCCUCUGUAAUAAAGCUGGCAAUUUGUCACAAGAAAACUUUGAGGCAUGUGAAGCACUUGUCCUUUAUCAACUUCAGAAAUUAUUGCAGAAUACAAUGAAUGGAUGCCUUUUACAAGAUAAAGUUCUUAAUGACAAAAGGGAGAGACUGAAUGAAGAACAAGGCAGGCCUGAACUGACAUCUUAUUUUGCUAUGAUUUGGGAACGUUUAAGCAAACAUAUCUUAUUCUUGCAAAAGCACCACAUUUUACUCAGACAAGAAGUGAAAGACAUGUUUGGUACCUUACUGAUUUUGGAAAGUCAUAAACAAGAAAGCCCGACUUCUCCACUGUUGAAAGACAGCUUUGUAGAAGACUGUGAAGACAGAUCUUUUUCCAGUAGUGAUAAAGCCCCCUGUAAUUCUCAAGCAAAAAAUAACCAAAAAAAGCAAGGUUUGAACAUCAGUGAUGAUGGCUUAAAGGAACAGAAAAGUAAUCCAACCAGUUCUGAGCCCAGUUUUUCAUCUCUGGAGAGGAAAAGCUCUUUGUCAAGAGAUGAAAACCAAAGAGGUAUAAUAUCUACAGUAAAAUCUAAAGCUUUUUGGGGUGAAUCUGACGAUAGCAAUUCUGAUAUUGAGGCAGCCCUACGUCCUCAGAUACACUGUUCACAGGAAGAUGGAUUCAGUGAUUUCUAUGACUGAAGGCCUAACUUGCUCCUCACUUACAAACAAAUGAUAAAAAGCCAGUAGCAAUUUUUCAGGAGAAAAGUAGCUUCAAAAAAGGUCAAUCUGGAAUGAAUAUCCUGUUGGCACUUUUAUGUUCCUUACCAUUCUAGCCACUUCUCCACACCAAAUCUCUCAGCCUACUUUUAACCAAUACGUUUGUGAAUUAUUGUAAUAGUCUUCUGAAAACUAAGCUCAAAGAGCACCAAAACCCAACAGCCUAAGACAGCAUUUACACCUGGAUUUGUCUGAAAUCUGAAGAACAAACGAGAGAGGAAGAGUAGUUUUGGAGCUAGAAAACUGCAUGCCUUUAUGUAUUCCCUCCUUCACCCGUUCCUUGAUCUAGUUGCUCCACUGAAAGUUUUUUCUUGUACUUGAAUGGCCACCAGACUAAUGGAUCCAGUUCAGGCCAAAACAACCAUGAUGUUUAUUCAUGCUAUUAUGAAUUAUGUAUUAAAUAAAGAGCAGCUGAUGGUGUUGGGACCUCGUUUAUAUUUGUAGCUUUAACCCAUGACAACUGCUUGCAUCAGGAGGGAAGCUUUUAGUAAUGGAAAUAGUAGCUGCAAAGGGAGUGAAAAACCUGAUUAAAGAGGAGCAGGGGCAAAAGGUUAACUUUUUUGUGGUUCCAGUCUGGAUCAUGCUCUCCUGCUAACUACUUAAAACUUCACACAAUGAGCAAUUGUAUGAAUAAUGGCAUUUCUGGCUUAGCUCUUAACUUUUUAGCUGUAGAAAUAAAGCAUAUUAUUUCAGAAAUCAAAUUUGUAGACAUGUAUUUCAUCUUCAGUUUGUUAUCUUAGACAAUGCAAAAUAUUGUAUUUGUUGUCUGUCUAUACUCCAAUAAAAUGUACUUCUGAAA